AUGGCCGACGCAAACAACCAGCAGCGAGCUCCCCAGCUCAAGUACGGUUAUUCCUUUAGUAGCAACCGAACGCAACCAAGGCCGAGCACCAAUACCAGUAGGUAUAAUGGCCGGCGAGGUCGAGGUGGCGGGAACCACAUACAGAAAUUCAACCCCAGGCACAAAUUCAAGAGUGGACAGCGAGAUCACCCAAUGGCAGUCGCACUGAACUGCAGACCUUAUGGCUACCGAGGUCGAGGUCGAGGUCACGGUCAAAUGGGACCACUGCCCUCCCGAGAUCGCCCAAUGGAAGAUCCACGGGAUGUCUCAAUCCAAAAUUCACCCCAUCUCAGACGUCUUUCUGACUACCUUUCAAGAUCCACAAUUUCAGAUGCGUACACUGCAGCUCGAGGUCCCCUUGAUCUAACAGCCGACCCUGCCACCCUACCAAAUAUUGAAAUGCGGAAGCUCAGUUCCUACUUCCAGGCCGGCCCCAGAGGAGGCGCCCCCAGUAAGAAGGGACCUGCGACUGUUCACAAAGUCAAAGGAGCUAAUUCCCGUGUAAUCAAGCCGGCAAAGGCAGUAGGUCUAAGCCCUGCAGGCAGAAAGCAGGUAGCCCAAGAGGCAAUAACUCACAUUCCAACCAUUUUGCGCUCGGCAGAUGCUGGAUCUCGGCUGGGUUACAAAGUUACCAAGGACAAUGUUGGCCCUCUGAACUCUAAAAUGGAAGAAUGUCAGGGUCUGUCCACUCGGGUAAUGGUCGUGCAUGGAGAUACAUAUGAUGUUGCCAUCGCCCUUCAUAACGCCCACGAUCUCAUGGAUCAUGCUGAUCCAAUGCCAGUCUGUGUUCUCAAUUUUGCAAAUGCCGAGACUAUCGGGGGUGCUUGGCUUCGUGGUGCCCCUGCUCAGGAGGAACAACUUUGCUACCGAAGCACCCUCAGUGAGACUCUCUUGCCCCGACUUUACCCUAUGGGCGACAAGGAAUGUAUUUACUCACCCCAUGUGAUAGUUUUCCGUGAGAAUGAGAAGCGAGGGUAUAGCUACAUGUGGUCGAACAAGCGAGACCCGCUCCCACAAGUCAGUGUCAUCAGCAUGGCUGCGCAGAAGCACCCACCUACGACCGAAGCCAACAAGUAUCUGAAUGACACCGAUCGUAAACUUAUGAAAGAUAAGAUGCGAAUGAUCCUACGCACGGCAGGACACAAUCGUCACCAACGCCUAGUUCUAGGCGCCCUUGGCUGUGGCAUGUUUGGUCAUCCGGCUCAGGAGGUGGCUGAUUGCUGGAAAGAGGUACUCGAUGAGGUAGAGUUCCGGGGCUUCUUUGAUCUGAUUGUUUUUGCCAUCUAUGAUGCAGGCAAUGAGGGUAACUAUGAAAUUUUCCAUGCCACUUUGCAUGAAGAUGUGAAAACUGAUUACGAAUCUAUCGAGUAA